AAAUCUCUUCAAGUUAUCUCCGAUCCUUAUCUCCAUAGAUAUUAGAAUGGCAACAAUAGGUGGUCUCAGCAGCCUUUCAAACCCCAAGCUUCUCUUCAACUCAUCAGGAUUCCCACAAACCAUCAAGAUCUCACCAGCAACACCACUGCAGACACGGUGGGGUGUAGCCGGAUCGGGUCGGAUGACGGUGGUUCGACCCGUUCGUGCUGCACCAGAACAGAUAUCAAAGAAGGUUGAAGAGAGCAUAAAGAGUGCACAAGAGACGUGUGCUGAUGACCCAGUUAGUGGAGAAUGCGUAGCAGCAUGGGAUGAAGUGGAGGAACUCAGUGCUGCAGCGAGUCAUGCAAGGGAUAGGAAGAAGGAUUCUGACCCCUUGGAGGAUUACUGUAAGGAUAACCCUGAAACCGACGAGUGCAAAACAUUUGAUACCUGAUUUAUUAUGACUCUGUUGCUUUAUAUGA